AUGGUUAAAGAAGAUAGAUACAAUUGGCGGUUUACAGGAAUUUAUGGGCAUCUAGUCCAGGACAAUCGGUGGGAAACAUGGGAACUUAUAGGAAGACUCCAUAGUAUUUUCGAUCUUCCUUGGAUUUUGGGUGGUGAUUUUAACGAGAUUCUUUUCAAUUCUGAGAAGUUGGAAGGAGUUCCGAGGCGACAGAGCUUGAUGCAAAACUUUAAGGAUACGUUGGAUUUGUGUGGUCUUUUGGAUCCGGGCUUUGUUGGAGAUAUUUUUACGUGGUGCGAUGGACAUAAGUAUAGACAACCUAUUUGGGAGAGAUUGGACCGGUUCCUUAUCAAUACAGCGAUAUUCCAGAUCCAGGAGACAUUAGAAAUUCGGCACCUAGAAUUCUUAGCAUCAGAUCAUAGGCCCAUUCUCGCCGAAUGGUUGGGAGUAGGCGAGGCUACAGUGGGGAGAAGGAAGGGCCGUAGACCACACCGGUUUGAAGAGCAGUGGUUUUCGUUUCAAGAGUGCAAGGAGAUCGUAAGAAGAGUUUGGGCAGUGCAAGGUGACCUUUGUGGAACCGUUUUCCAAGGUAAGAUAAAUUCAUGUCUAGAAGAGUUGAUUAAAUGGAAUGUGGGUAGAUUGGGCGGAUCCCUUCGGGGGGCCAUUAUGAGGAAAGAGGUGGAGAUCCAACGGAUGGUUAAGGACGGAGCUACUGGCUGGAGGGAUAACCUUUGGGAGGCUAAGCGGGAUCUUGAAAAGUUGUUAGAGGAAGAAGAGACGUACUGGAGGCAAAGCCCCAGUAACCAGGAUAUGGGCCCGGUGUUGGAUUCCAUCACGCCAAAGCUGAAUGAAGAACAUACCAAUAGGCUUCUAAGGCCAUUUAUGGAGGAAGAGGUUAGGAAGGUGGUAUUUGAGAUGCCACCCUCAAAAGCCCCAGAUAUUGGCCAGUUAAAUAAGACUUUUAUUGUUCUGAUAACUAAGCACAAGGACUCGAAGAGGAUGAAAGACUUUCAUUCUAUUAGCCUUUGUAAUGUCAUAUGUAAUGUCAUAUAUAAGAUUAUCUCGAAGGUUUUGGCUAAUAGGCUCAAACAGGUUCUCAAUGAGCUCAUAUCCCCUACUCAAUCAGCCUUUGUGCCAAGUAGACUUAUAACGGAUAAUGCUAUUAUGGGGUUUGAAUGUAUCCAUUCUCUUUAUGGUAGAAUAAAGGGCAAAUUAGGAGCUGUAGCGUUAAAGUUAGACAUGUUGAAAGCAUACGAUAGAGUCGAAUGGAGAUAUCUGCGAUUGGUCAAUAAAAGCCGUAGCGAAAUUUUCAGCGCCAUAGUGGAUAGAGUGUGGAAGAAACUUCAAGGCUGGAAGGGAAAGCUUUUUUCGAUGGGUGGCAAGGAGGUCUUAAUCAAGACUGUUGCACAAGCUAUACCGAAUUAUACUCUGAGCUGUUUUAAACUUCCUGUUUCUAUCUGUAAUGAACUACACCAAAUCUAUAAUAGGUUUUGGUGGGGUUCUUCUUCUGAGGAUAGGAAAAUACAUUGGCAAAGUUGGAAACUUCUGUGUAUCCGAAAGGACCUAGGGGGAAUGGGAUUCAGGGAUAUAAGCAUUUUCAAUCAGGCUAUGCUGGCCAAACAGAGUUGGCGAAUACUUCGACAUCCGGAUAGUCUGUUGGCCAAGACCCUUAGAGGAAAAUAUUUCAAGACAGGAUCGUUUUUGCAAGCUAAGUUGGGAGCUAGGCCUUCUUAUGCCUGGAGGAGUAUCUUGUGGGGAAGAGAUUUAUUUAAAAAAGGGUAUCGAUGGAAGGUGGGCAAUGGUUUUAGUAUUAAUUUAAGUUCAGAUCCUUGGCUUCCUAGAGAUGGUAAUUUUUCCCCUGUUUUUACCCAUAUCCAUGUUCGAAACUUCUCGGUAGCUUGGCUAAUGGAAGGGAGGGGCCGAUGGGAUGAAAUUAAAGUUCGUGAAAGUUUCAUUGUUUCGGAAGCUGAUAUUAUUUUACAAACUCCUUUGCCGAGUCAAGACAAGGAUGAUGAAAUCAUUUGGGGAAUGGACAAGACGGGUAUCUUCUCGGUUAGGAGUGCGUAUCAUCUGGGGAUUCAAUUGAUGCUGAAACUUCUUCCUCAAAUUCAGACACUCAAGCUAAGCGUUGGAAGAGACUUUGGAAAGUUAAUGUUGCCCCAAAAAUCAGAAUCUUGUGCUGGAAAAUAA